AUGUCGAUUGUCAUUGAAAAACGUGGCCCAAUCACUUGCAUCAAAAUCGACAAUGUGAAGCGGAAAAAUGCGCUAACAGACGAGAUGUACACUCAACUUUUCCAAGCGCUUGAUGCAGCUGAUGAUGAUGAGGAUACUUUCAUUACUGUUGUAACUGGUUGCGGCGACGAGUUCUACUCAUCGGGAAACGAUUUCACGCCGGGAAGUCUCCCCACUCCAGAUCCGGAUGAUCGAGACUAUCAAGCUGGUUUCAAGUUGUUGACGAAUCGACUCAUUCGUCAUAAAAAGGCAUUGAUCGCUCUUGUGAACGGGCCAGCGAUUGGGAUUGCUUGCACGACGCUCACUCUUUUCGAUCAUGUCAUUAUGUCGGAUAAGGCAUACUUGCUUUGUCCGUUCACUCAAUUCGGCCUUUGUCCUGAGGGAACAUCCAGCUACACUUUCGAGAAAAUCAUGGGAAGGGCAAAGGCUGGCUCGAUGGCACUUUUCGCCGAGAGAAUGACCGCUCAAGAGGCCUAUCAAUGUGGAAUCGCGUCGAUGUUGAUCCCGCAUGAAAAAUUCCGCCAAGAGACCGAGAAACUCCUCGAAAAGUAUAGCAAACUCUCGAAAUCGAGUGUACUGGCGUCGAAAGCAUUGAUGAGACCAAGAGAGGCGCAGGAUAAAUUGUUGGCGGUGAAUCAACGAGAGGAUGAUCUUUUAAAACAACUUUUUGUUUCCGAAGAAACAAUCGAACGUCUCAUGCAACGUUUUGCGCCAAAGAGCAAGAUU